GUAUGAUAUUUGAUCGUAAAGAUAAUUGAUUCGAUGAAUAAAAAUUCUAUCGUCUAAAUUUAAUUUUCAUUAAAUAUUCGUACGUAAAUAUAAUGAAAAAGAAAAAAAUAAGAAGUUAUAAUUAUAUAGAAAAAAUUUUAACAAAUAAUAAUUAACAAUAAUAUCGUGAUAUAAUUUCAUUAUUCAAAUAACAAUACCUUUCUUAUACUUUGUCCUUUGUAAGCGUUCGUUAUUUGUUUCAUUUGUUGCUUUAUCGGUACUGUUACGUAGCGACUGUUGACUUUAUCCAGGUUGCGGAAUUAUAAAGAAUUUGUUUUGACAAACAAAUCAUGAGUUCUGUUAUGUCAGCGAACGACAGCUGAUCGAACUUGAUAAGGUAAUUUGAUAAGGGAUAUCGAGCAAUUGAAUGUUUUAAAUUCUUGUUCUUUUAAAGUGUUAAAACGCUUAUCAUUCGACUAAUAACAGAAUUUGAAUGGAUAAUUUAUUUAUAUUAUUAAAAAAUACAAAAUAAAUUGAUAAAUGAAAAAAAGAAAAUGAAUAAAAAAUAUGAAUGAAAAACCAAUGAAAAGAAAUGAAAAAAAUUUUUUCUUAAUCGAUUAAAAAUAUGAAUGAAAAAAAUGAAUGAGAAAAAUGAAACUAGAAAUGAAAAGAAUGAAAAAAAAAAUGAAAUAAGAUAAUCAAAAAUACGGAUGAAAAAAUAAAAGAAAUUAAUUAAAAACAUGAAUGCAAAAAGAAGAAGAAAAAAUGGGAAGAAAUAAUCUGCUUUGAAAGAAAUAUCAAUAAAAAAUUAAUAUUUAUACAAACAAAUUUUUCUCAAUCCAAUUUAGUUUUUUGAAACCAUUUAAAUUACGUAAACAAUUAUUCUCGUAUUAUCAUAAAUGAUGACAACAUUUAUAUGGCCUAUUUUAAUGGAAACACUCUGUACGUAUAUUAAUUCAAAUUUAAAAAUAAUUAGAAAAGUUGCAUCGUUCUUUGUACGAUUUUUGAUGGCACUAAUCCACAAUAUCUAAUCAUAAAAAAUUAAAAAAGCUUGAAAUCUUCUUCUCUAAAACAGUAACAGUUUAAAAAAGCUACAAAAAAGAAAGAAAAAAUAAAAAAAAAUUGAAGAACCCGUUAGAAGAAAAAUCAUUUUAUAUUAUUAAUUAGGAACUAUUAAUUAUUAUUAGAUAUUAUUAGGAAUUCGAUGAAAGAAGCAAAAAAUAAUAAAAAUUAAAGGAGACGAAUGAUUAAGGUAUUGAAACAAGGACUAAGCUAAUUAUUAGUUUGCAACGUAGUAUAAAAACGAUUACAAUAUGAAAAAAUUACGAACGUUUUAAACAUUUGUCAAUUGGAGUCUACCAAAACAGAAAACAGUUUAUUGCUUAAUUAAUAUUUUCCGAGGAGUGCCAUUCUUAUCCGUUCCAUCGUUCAAAUCUUUAUGGAUUUUUCACCAUUUUUUGUAUCAUCGAACAUAAGAAUUCGAUCGAACUAACGUGGAGAAUCCUAUUCUUGUUUAACAUCUAAACAUUUAAAACGAUAAGUACGCUUUAUCUUCUACAGUGAGCAUCACUUAAAAUUUUACGGUUAACAGUUCAAUCCAAUAUCUUUUUCCAUAUAUAAAUGCUAUUAAUGAUAUUAUAAAGAAAAUCAUAUUAAACGAUUUAAAUUUAGAAUUUUUCUUUAAAAAGAAAAAAAAAAAGAUCUAAUCAAAGAACACAAAGAAUUAAAUAAAUAGCUCGAUGUUACAUUGAUGACUGAUCGUAUAUCAAUUAAAAAUUGACAAAUGCGAGUUUUGCAUUUUAUCUGAGAUAUAUAUGAAUUAAUAAAAAUAAAAAGAAAAAAAAUUAGAAUCGCCAUUAAAAAUGUUUUUGUAUUGUACACAAUAAAAAAAUGUAAAGUAGUUUUGUAGACUAGCAAGAAUUAUUAAAAAACGUUGAAAAAUCACAAAGAUCUCUUUAACUGUUUUAAGAAAAAAGACGAUGAAAAGUCUUAAAAGUUUAUUUUUUAUUUAUUUCGAUUUUAUUAUUGUUUAUUUAUGAUUUUAUUAUUAAUUUUCAUUGAAAUCGUUUGAUGAUUAAUCCAUUAAUCAUCAUUUACAUAAUUCAUAAUUGUAAUUUUAUAAUUUCAUCAGAUUCCUAAAAUGCUCCUGGACAUUGCAAAAUGUGUAUUCCUGAUUCAGUUGGUGUAUGCGACGAACGGAUCGGUGAUCAUUAAUUCACCAUGCCCGAGAUUUUUUCGUUACGUUCGGAGCAAUAUUAUCGAGACAAUGGGACAAGUCAAGAUACCAUCGCCACCGAAAAAUGUUCCGUUACAUUUGAAAAUAAAAUUAACCGUGGCAGCAUUGUUACCCACUAAAUACAGUGGUCAACUGAAAUUGGCGCAAUCGCUAGAAGAAUCGGUGAGAGCGAUUCAAGAGAAUAGAUCGUUGUAUUAUUUAGUUUAUUUUCCUAUACGCCGACCAAUACCGAUAUUAACAGGCAUAUGGUUGAACAAUCAAGAAUAUUGUAGUGCUCCACCGGCAUUAGGAAUUAUUGUGACGUCAAUUUUUUUGGAACAUAUAUUGUUACCACCUAGAAUAUUAUUGAUAUCUAAAAAUGAAGGAAACAAGGAUAAUGUGGUGCCGAGUUUCGAAGAUUUUUUAUUGUCCAAUCCAUGUCGAUUUUCAUUGACUUUACCAUUGGAAAAAGAACAAUCAGCAACGGACUUGCAAUUUCCCUCCGACAAUGAUACUACUUUUGACACAUCUGAUGGAUCGAUUAAUACUUGUUGUCAACGCAUUAGUAAUGGUAAUAAUACUCCUGUUACAUCUAAGAAUGUGAAGACAUCUACGGAUCAAUGGCCUUGGAUGGCUAUUAUUCUUGUUAUGAGAAAUAAAUUAGAUUUGCAGUGUGUCGGUAGUUUGAUUACAAACAAGCAUGUCAUCACAGCGGCGCACUGCAUAAAAAUGUACAAUGUGACUGUACCGAUACAUACUAUGCUUGUUUCUUUGGGACGUUAUCAUAUAAGAGAUUGGAAUGAAAUAGAGUCAGUCAAUCGAGAAGUAGAAGAAUACAGAUUACAUCCAGAUUUUAAAGAUGAUUUUAAAAAUCCAACGGCUGAUGGAGAUCUCGCUAUUAUCAUACUAAAAAAUUCAGUUAAUUUUUCUCCAUUUAUCAGACCAGUUUGCCUUUGGUCUGGGUCCAAUGAUUUAGAAGAUGUAAUCGGUUCCACAGGAUAUGCUGUUGUUUGGGGUCAUGAGGAUUUGAUUAAUCCUUACUUGGAUAAACCUCGAUUGAUCAGAAUGACGAUAAUGUCUCAGGAAGAUUGUCUUCGGAGCAAUUCAGUCUUCGUAUCUCUCACAUCAAAUCGUACUUUUUGUGCUAGUUCUAAAGAUGGUAAUGGACCAUGUAACGGUGAUAGUGGAAGUGGAUUGCUAAUACGUAAGAAUGAUGGAUCUUAUUUCUUACGUGGAAUUGUGUCACGGUCCAUCCAAGAUGAGAUUAAGAUGUCUUGUGAUUUUACGCAAUAUGUUGUCUAUGUUGACAUAGCAAAAUAUCUAGAUUGGAUACGCUUGCAUAUCGCUGCUUAAAUUUGAUAGAAAUUAUUAUGAUAAAGAUGAACAAUGAUAAUUCAUCAGUAUUUGUAUAACUUAUGUGAUUUGUAUCAAAGAAUUAUUGAAGAAAAGUUAUUUUUUCAUUACAUGUGAUUAGUAUUGGUGUAAUAUAUUGAUUUUAGUAACGUACUUCUUUCGUUCUUAAUAAUUGUACAGUGGAAUCAUGGAUUCAUGCAAAGCUGUUAUUUUAAAAAUGACUGAAAAUUCUAUAAAAGAUAGAAUCAUCAUUAACUCAUAAAUUUAAUAGUUUAAGAAAAUUGAAAAAAAAAUCAAAUUAAUUAAUAAUAUUAGAAAAGCAUUCAACACAUAAGAAGUUACAUAAAUUAUGUCAAAAUUCAAAAAAUUCAUAAAUCAAAAAGAAUUAAAAGAUGUAAUAACUGAAAUAUAAUUAACUGAAGAUAAUGAUAUCUUUGGAAAAGAUUAUCUCAGAUAAAACUAAAUCACCACUUGUAAAUAAUUUCAUGUAUUUGGAUGCAAACAUAAAUAUUUUACAUUACAAAAGUAUAAGUAAAUGAAUAUACAAAAAGUUAAGAAUGCGAUAUAUAAUGAUAAAUAUAUUAAUAGUUUUAUAACUACAUAUUACUAGAAAAUUAUAAUAAAGUAAAAGAAAAUUUCAUUCGCUGAUCCAGUUUUGUAUCGAAUGCACAAAGAGAAUAAAAGAAAAGAAUUAAGUAUUUUUUAGAUUGGUAAAUAUUUUAUGCAUUACUUUAAAUCAUUGAGCUAAUCUCAAGUAUACGAUCAAAUUUUACCUAUAACAUAAUAUUAAAUUAUUUCCAGAUUUGUGAAAUGCUGAUGUUAUUGUGAUAACAGUAUUGUAAUUAAGAACAGUAUUAUAAUGAAACAAGAACAAAAUCGAUAGUAGU